CUGCUGCCCUCACAACACCACCUCCGAACUCUUCCUCCUCUAGUUUUGCUCUCUCUUGUCACUCCAAAGCCUAGUAGACUCUCUCUUCUCUUUGCUUUUCUCUUUGAGAUUCGAGAAAAUGGCGAGCAGGACCCUCGGCCAAAUUCUUCGGAGGGAGAGAAGCAAGGUCGACCAAAGCAUGUUGAACAACCUGCUUGCCAUUUUCGACGACGAGAAGUUCAUGAAGGAGAUGGUGGACGCUCACGCCCCUGACGAAGGAGACGUCGACGUCCAGUCUCUCUUCCUCCUCGUCGACAACACCCUCCGUGGAGCUACCGCCAUCGCCGACUCCGUCGUCAACCCAAAGGGCACUCAAGGAUCUGGAAGCCCUGCACUCAAGCCACCAAAAGAAGGCUUCAAUCCACCCCUAGCAGCAAUCAACGAAGUGGCUUGUGAGAUCACAUGCAAGGCAUUAGACACCAAAAAUGUGCGUGAAACGAUGAUCUCGAUCUUUCACGAGCUAUCGAGCUACUCCUGGGUCAAUAAGGCUUUGAUCACCCUUUCGUCGCUUGCCCUUUUCUAUGGCGACUUUUGGCGACUUGCCCAGAUUCAGCCAUCGGACAAGCUCGCGGAAUCGAUGGCCAUACUGAAGGGGUUACCUGCAAUCACCAAGCCCUCGGACGUGCAAAAGAUCCAAGUGUUUGGAGUUCUGAAUGAAAUGAUCAAGACCACAUUAGACAUGACCGAGUGCAUCGUGGAGUUCGAGCAUGACAGUAAAGAUGUUCCCGAGCUGUCCACGGCAAUCGACAUUCCAAGCAGUGUUUAUCAGAUCAUCAUCAGCGUCCUCGCUUGCUCGAUUCAGUUCACCAGCCUCAUCAGCCUUGUCGAUGACUACAAGGGAAAAGAUCUCCCAACCUUUGCUCGGAAAGUGAACAUGAUCCACCACACUAUCAAGAGACAUUUUGAAGAUUACAAGCAAAAAAAGGAGGAAAUUAGAGAGUAUCAGAGGCUGCAGCGACUAUUCAAUGCCCCUACUGAUAAUGUGGAGCUCGUCAAGGCCUUGUUUUACAUCAAGGACGAUCCUCAGCCACUCUACAUUGGCUCAAAGAAGACCACGGAUAAGGUCGAGUCCCUGCGAAGGAAGAAUGUGAUGCUGCUGAUUUCCGACCUAAAAUUGACCUCUCACGACCUUUCCAUCCUCAUCAAGAUCUACAGCGAGCGCAAGUUCCAUGAGGAGCGCUAUGAGAUCGUGUGGGUCCCGAUCAUCGAGCAAGAAGGCGAGGAUGUGCUCAACCAGUUCAAGAAUCUACAGUCGCAACUGCCAUGGUACUCGGUGCACUACCCGACACUCAUCAACAAAGUGGCCAUCAAGAUCAUCAAGGAGAAGUGGCACUUUAGGCAAGAGACCAUUGUGACUGUGUUGGAUCCCCAAGGAAGAGUCUCAAACAAAAAUGCGAUGAGCAUGAUUAGGCUUUGGGGAUGGGAUGCUUUCCCUUUCACUGAUUCAGUAGGAGCAAGCCUAUGGAGCAAGCCUGGCAUCAGCUGGUUUGAGCUUUUGGUGACUGACAUGGUCAUUCCUAAGAUAAACGAAGCUAUCAAGUCUCAGAAGUACAUCCUCCUUUAUGGAGCUGAAGACACCAAGGCAAUCCACGAAAUUGAGGAGCCAGUGAAGAAGAUCAUCGAAGAUGGUGUCCCCAUCGUCGCCUACAAUGUCACCAAAAAUCAGCUCUUCUGGAGCCGCCUCGAGAGCUGUAUGCUGUCAAAACUGCAAACCAAAGCGGAUGUGCACGAACCCCUCAUGCAAGACAUCCUCAGCAUCUACACCAACUUCAAGAAGGACGGCGGGUUCGCGGUCCUCACGAGGGGGUCACAGGUCGUGAUCAAUGACUCGAUAGUCGAUGUCACGAAGGUUUUGUCCCAAUACGAGACUAAUUGGAAGAAGCAGGUCAAAGGGAACGAGAAGACGUUCGAUGCAGCCUUCAAGGAGCACCGCGAACGGGUCUUUGUCCUUCCAAGGUGCCACCACUUCUACAUUCCGAACAUGGUGGGUUACAUCCCGGAGGACGUGAAGUGUCCUGUGUGCCCUCGCAUGAUGAAGAACAUUGUCAAGUUUGAGUGUUGCCAUGGAGCACAUUAAGGUACCCAUGCAUCUCUCUGCUGGUCCAUGUCCACAAUAAAGGUGCUACGUGAGUACCCUGUAAGCCGGGACAUGAAUAAAAGGGCUGUUUGCUGAGUCCUUGAGUUUGUUAGUUGCCUGCGUUUAGGGCAACCAUUAUCUAACUUUGGCAUGUACAACUGCUUUGUUUGAGCACGAAGUUUCAUUUUGAAAUUGCUUUGGUCUUCUUUCUCA